AUGGUGCUGCCUGUCCCGCUCUGCCGGCCUUUCCUCUCCAAGCCUUUAACCGUGUCCCAUCUCCUUGGGCGGCAGGAUUUGGGCUGCAGGACGACGCACUGCAACAGCGAGGUGCUGCAGCGCUGUACCCUGGUCUUCCUAGCCACCAAGCCUCACCUGCUUCCUGGAGUCCUGCAAGAGAUUGCUCCUGCCGUUACCCGGGACCACAUUAUCGUAUCGGUGGCUGCUGGAGUCACUUUGCAGACCCUGCAACAGCUUCUCCCUGCUGGGACCAAGGUGCUGCGGGUCAUGCCCAACCUGCCCUGCGUGGUGCAGGAGGGGGCAGUGGUGGUUGCCCGGGGGAGCUGUGCUGGGGAGCAGGAGGCCGCCCUGCUGAGGAGCCUGCUGUCCGCCUGCGGGCUGUGUGAAGAAACGCCUGAGUCCUACAUCGAUAUCCACACAGGCCUGAGUGGCAGCGGGGUAGCCUACGUUUACUUGUUUGCUGAAGCCCUGGCAGACGGUGCUGUGAAGAUGGGCAUGCCCAGUGCCUUGGCCAAUAAAAUUGCAGCCCAGACACUGCUGGGAGCAGCAAAGAUGAUCCUGGAGACAGGGGAGCACCCGGCCAAGCUGCGCAGCAACGUCUGCACGCCUGGCGGCACCACCAUCCACGCCCUGCACGAGCUGGAGAAGGGGGCGCUGCGGGCCACCGUCAUGAAUGCCGUGGAGGCUGCAACCAUGCGGGCUCGCGAGCUGGGCAAGAGAUAGGGGCCCAGCCGGGCGGAGUGUUCCAGGCUGCCUGGCCUGUCUGAGCCACAUGGAAUCUCCGUCCCGUGAUGGAAGGAAGUUUCCCAGGUUGUCCAGCGGAUGUAGAUCCCAUUCUUCCCUCCCUAGGUGCCUCUCUUCCUGCCUGAGGGAUUCCCAGCUCCAGGUCACCAGUGAUAUCCUCUAGCCCCAGUCCUUCCCCACGGGACAUGGCUUCCCCACAUGUGAGGCAGGGUCCCCUUGUGUUCCUGGCAGUCCCCUGACCUGCGUUGGCCCAGCCCUGCCUCGGCUGUGGGGACUUCACACUCGUAGCCAUUCCAUACGCGUUGUGUGCUCUCUCCGGACGGUGGGUCCCUAAUAAAUAAUGACAACAGCAGGACGUGGGAGCUGCUGGCCCAGAGUCCUGGCUUCUUCUGCUCUCCUUUGUUUAGAGAUGGUGCCCAUCCUCCGAAGGCAGCCUUGGCACCAGGCUUGCCGUCUGCACGCUGCAAUGAUCACGCGGCUGUCGUGGAAACCUGGUGCCGAUCCGAUCCACCCAGCGUCUCAUGUGCCGGUGUGUCUGGUCUGGUGGGGGACGGUGUGAGCAGGUGCUGGUUUAUAGGAUGCUCUCCUGGGGAGUGGUGGCUCAUGGAGCCUUAAUGCAGCCUGCAGCUUCCCUCCCCCUUUAGCAGGGAGGUGCAAAUCCCCAGGUUCCAGCAGCCCCUGCUCCCUCUGAGUGCCUGGGUGAGGGGGGAAUUCCCUGUCUUCCUGACUCUUUUCACUGGUGGGUGGGUAGGAAACACAUAGCAGCAGGGGCCUGGGAGAGACCGUAAGCUCCAGCUGCCUGUUAACAGCUGCACCGGCAGUCCCAGGAGAGCCCCAGCUGGCAUGCGGCGUAGGAAGCCAUGUGUGCCAGCAGUGGGCGGUGAAAUAGAGCUGUACUGUGCCCUCCAAAGGUCUGUUGAUCUCUUGGCUCCUCUGCUAACUAAAGGGUUAAUGGUGACGGCAUCACCACCUGCUCUAGUCCAUGCAAGCUGGCCCCUGGCCUGAGGGCAAGCAGCGGUCAGUCUAAGGCAGAGUGCG